UUCUGGUUUCAGCUAAUUGAAAACACACACUUCAAACAGCACAGCGGAGGACAGAGAAGAAGAUUGAACUGAAUAUCCAAGAAGUGGACACAAUGAAAAGAAUGAAAAUGCGACUUCGGCUUUUCAUACAACUACAGUGUUUCCUGAUUGGCUCUUUAGUUGACUCCUCUAUUCUGCCCUCCGCUGCCCGUCCUCUGUCCAUUACAUCCACUGCGGGGAGCCAGGCAGUUCUUCCCUGCAGCUGGAAGACCAGCCUGGGGGAGGUGGCUCCUUCCGCCUGCCAUGUCCAGUGGGACACUCCACCCAAGACCAUCUUCGAAAGGUAUGGGGAUGCAGAGUGGCAGGCGGCGGAGUUCAAGGACCGGGCAGUGGUGCCUGAGGAGAAGCUUGAGUCUGGGGAUUGUUCUCUGAUCAUCAAGGAUGUUCAGAUCGGAGACACAGGGAGAUACGAGAGCUUCAUGGUGGUGGAAGAAGGGAGGUCCAGAAACACCCGGGUUUUCAUUCAGAGUGUCAAACUGUAUGUGACUGACCACAAAUCCCAACAUUUUCAUCGUCCAGGUGAAGACUUGGUUUUGGAGCUCCACACGCCCCACUCAUUCAGAGUGGUCUUCCAAAGCAGGAAUAGUUCAGAGUGGUCAGACUUGUGGAUGAGGGGGGAUGAAAACAGUCCACGUCUGGAUAAACAUCCCAUCCUUGAACAGUUAACAUUAAAGAAAUUAACCAGCUCAGAUGAAGGAACCUACAAAGUUAUAGAUGAACAAGGCCUCGCCGUCAGCACCGUGCAGCUCUCUGUGGAAGAAAACCUGCCAGCUUUCAAAGCCCAUCAGACGCUGUCAAACAUCCCAACAGAUGAUGCUGCCAAAAGCAGCUACUCAGCUCUUCUCGCCUUGUCUGUUCUUGUCUCAAGCUUUCAAAUUCUUCAUCUUCUCUGAGUUUCCUUGCAGAGAAACUGUACAUAUUGUAGCCAUGAACCUUGCACGCUGUGACCAGCAGACAAGUGUGAAUAGGAUCUUAAUCUGUGAGAUUAUGUGUGCUUACAAUGUGUGUGACUAUGUGCAGAAUAAGAAGAGAAAUAUAUAUUAUUGUUUAAAUCUGAAACACAUUUGCAAACGUAGCUCGGUUUGAAGUUUUGAAAGUUCUUACUUACACAAAUUACCGGCCCUGUUCGACUUCUCAUUUGGCAUGAUUUUCCAGUUGUAAGAAGUUAUUCUAGUUAUGAUAUAUUAUUUACUAAUGCUUAGUACUUUACUUAUUAACAAAGAACACUGAGUUUCCUGAUGUGAAAAAUAUUCCUUCAUAGGGUCACACGAGUCUUUGCUGCUCUACAUUUCAUUAUAAAAACCCUUCCAAUCAACUGUUUGGCCAGCUUUUUGAGGGGAAAAACCUGCUAGACAUUUGGAUUAAAACACACAUACAGUACCAGUCAAAAGUUUGAACACACAGGAAAGUGUGUCCAAGCUGUUUGAUGUUAGUGUAUAAAACUACCCCAUGACAUUUAUAGCUGCAGAAUUGACAAGAAAAGGAUUAAGUUCUUUAUAAGCUUUAAAAAAUAAUGUUUCUUAAAUACUUUUUCAAAGUCAUUUUUUGGGAUUCUUGUAAAUUCUUUUUCUGGCAAAUUCAAAAGACUUAAAUUAAUUUAAGAUGUCAUAUAUAUGCAUUAUCAGUUAUAAGUUUGGACACACUUUCCCAUUAAAUCCAGUGGUGACCACUAGUGGUAGUUUAACCCACUGAUUGCGAACCCUGGUCCUCAAGGCCCACUAGCCUGCAGGUCUUAGAUGUCUCCCUGCUACAACACACCUGAUUCAAAUUCAUGGCUCAUUAGCAGACUUGAGAGAGCCAUUUAAUUUGAAUCAGGUGUGUUGCAGCAGGGAGACAUCAAAGACCUUGAGGAUGAUGUGCUUGAGGACCAGGGUUGGGAAUCACUCUUUAACUGUAUAUAAAGACAUUUUGGUUGUUAGAACAAAGCAAAUACAAACAAGUGCAACUGACAAAUGAUUACUGUGUUUAUGCUUUUGGAUUGUUAAUCAUUGAGUCACAGUAUUGUAGAUCAGUGGUGUCCAAAGUCUGUCCUCCAGGGCUGCAGUCCUGCAGUUUGAGAUAUUUCCCUUCUCCAACACACCUUAUUCAAAUUAAAUGGCUGUCUGCCUGAGCAUGUUAAUGACCCUUUAAUCUGAUCCAGGUGUGCUGCAGAAGGGCACAUCCAAGACCUGCAGGACAGUGGCCCUCAAGGACCGACUUUGGACACCACUGCAGCAUAUAUGGACAUUUAUAUCUGCAUUAAUACUGAAAAUAAUCAUAAACAUGGAAACCUCUUCAAUUAAAAGAAAAAAAAAGUCACAGUCGAUUCGUUGUCAAGAAAAAAAACAUAUUGUCAGUGACGGGUAGAUAAUAAAUAGUUAUGCAGCAGUUCAGAGCUGAACUUGUUACUGAGGAAUCGUUUCUCAAUCCUGGUCCUUGGGAACCACUUCCCUGCAUGUUUAGAUGUCUCCCUGCUUCAGUGGCUCAUCAACAGGCUCGCAAAGAGCUUGAUGGCAACCUGUUGAAAAAGUUAAGAGCAGGGAAACAUCUAGAAAAUGCAGGGAAGUAGUUCUCAAAUACCUGGAUUGAGAAAAACUGCUCUAAUGGAUUUUGGGGCAAAUGUAGUGCAGCUCUUUUUUCAAAGAUGAGUGGUCAAACAGUCAAUUUGAGUUGCAUCUAUUAUUAACCAAAGACGAACUAAAAUGUCACUAUGAAGGAUUUUUAAAAAUCAAUCUAACACAGUGUUCUUCAUAAACUGCUUCAGAGUUAAUUCUAUUAGCCAUUAGUAAAAGAUUUGACUUUGAUAAGUGAUUUACAGCUUAUAAACAUUUAUGUUAUGCCUCAUGAGAAGGAAGGUACUACUAAAAACUGGGUUAUUGAAUUCUUUCGGUUUCCAGAUUCUUUAUUUUAAAAGUUCUAAGUUUCAAGAUGUCAAAAAUUUAAUGUUCGAUUACACUGGAAGAAAAAAUACAUCAACCUUGGUAACACUGAUUUAUGUGUUCCAUUGCUUAAUAUUCAUUUUUAAUUUUCAAGUAAAACAGGUUCAUGAGCAGUCACACUGGAGCAUUUUUUUGGCUUGGCUUAUAAAUACACAAAUUUUAGCUAAUUAUCUGUCAGCUGGGAGUCAGCUUGAGUUGAAGCUGGAAAUAUAAGGAGCUUUUUUUGCUUAUAUAUUCAAUUUAAAGUGAUCCAAUAUAGCUGUUAAAGUGGUGUUUUUUUCCAUUUUCCAACCUCUAAAACACAAAUCACUAAUAAUCAAAUAGUAUUUAAAAUAUUCAUCUAUCAAAAUUAACAUUUAGUCAGUUCCUGUUCAUUUCUAUGUUGUAGCGCCACCGUUUAUUUAGGAUUUGGCUGAAAUGCCACACAGCCUGUGAAAAAAUACCUUCUAACUCUGAUAGUUGAAGCAGAAUAUAAAAAUGUUAUCACAUCCCAAUAAUAA